GCAUAUUAGCUCACGAUUUUCCAAUUUAUUUUGCCAUAGCUGCAUUUUUUUUAAAAAAGAAGAAGAAGAAGAAUUAAUCCUCGUGUAUUUCCUCCUUCGAUGUGCAGCCUGAUGUAUGUUACGUGUGUGAUCUCAGGCAGGUCUGGGUGUCUAAUAAAAAGUAGACCCCUUGUGGUUACAAAGGGAAGUAGAUGCAGAGAGCUUAACGUGUCCGCCGGUCAGAGCGCACCGAGUGGGAGGCGGCAACCUGCACCGACACACACACACACACACACACACACACACACACGAACACACAUACACACACAUACACACACACACUCCCUCCGUAGUUUUGUUAGCUGUUUGUUCUGUCCGGAGGAAGACAUCAAGGAAAGAGAAGCUGAGAGAGAGAAGAAGGGGGGAAAAUGGAAAAUGAGAGCAAGAGGAAGAUGAAGGAGAGAUUCGGCCUGAGGCGGGACAUCUUUAAGGAGUUCCUGGCGGAAUUUCUGGGGAUAUUUGUCCUGAUCCUCUUUGGAUGUGGUUCAGUGGCCCAGACGGUGCUGAGUAAAGGGGCUCUUGGGGAGCCUCUGACCAUCCACGUUGGCUUCACUCUGGGAGUCAUGAUGGCUGUUUACAUGGCGGGGGGAGUGUCAGGAGCUCACGUGAACCCUGCCGUCUCUCUGGCCAUGGUGAUCCUCGGGAAGCUCCCUCUGAAGAAGUUCCCUGUGUACGUGCUGGCACAGUUCCUGGGGGCUUUUGCUGGAUCCUGCGCCGUCUAUGGGUUGUAUUAUGAUGCUCUGAUGGAAUAUACCGAUGGAGAGUUUGUUGUUACUGGUGUAAAUGCCACCGCCAACAUUUUUGCAUCUUAUCCUGCAAAACAUCUCUCAGUCCUGAACGGGUUUGUCGAUCAGGUAAUCGCCACUGGAGCUCUGAUCCUGUGCAUCCUGGCCAUCACUGACAGGAGGAAUAUCGGCGCUCCAAAGGGCAUGGAGCCUCUGUGCAUCGGCCUGAUCAUCAUGGCCAUCGGAGUGUCCAUGGGUCUGAACUGUGGCUAUCCGAUCAACCCAGCGCGAGAUCUCGGCCCGCGCUUCUUUACCGCUGUGGCCGGCUGGGGCAUGGAUGUAUUCAGAGCUGGAGGUUGCUGGUGGUGGAUCCCCGUGGCGGGGCCGAUGGUCGGCGGAGCAGUCGGAGCAGGCGUUUACUUUCUCUUCAUUGAGCUGCACCACGCCGAGCCUGAAAAGCAGGAGGAGAAAAAUGUCCAGGACAAAUACGAGAUAAUAACCAUGAGUUAAAAUCUAGAUCAAGAGCAGAGUGACAAAGCAGCUUAAUGCUCACCCUCAGAAGCCAACAAUGUUCAUCCAAAUGAAGCAGUUUUAUACAUUUCUACAAUUCAGUUCAAAAGGAAAUUUACAGUUAAUGGUUUCAGACGAAGCAUGCAUCUGACUGCACAGUUUCAUAGUGAUUUUUAAAAUAUGCAUGAAUGUUUUAUGAAGCCUUUCAAGCCUCUUUUUGUAGAAAGUUUUUCUAUUUAGAGGUUUCAGCUCUUUCAUAUAUCAGGAUAUUAAACUGUCUUGAGGAAAAUGCUCUCUUUAGACGUAAAGCUUUUCCUUUAAUUCCAUGAAAUCAGAGUUUCCUUUACAUCAUGCAGUAUUCUCUUUAGUUUCUUAUUUCCUAACUGGGGUCGUCUCCUCUCGUUAGAAAUAUUUGCCAAGUUUCUGUACAGCAUUUAUAUUUUUACUACAGUUCAACUUACAAACAGGGGCAUUAAAUAAACGUAGCACUUAUGAAACAGUUAAUUUCGUGUGGAAACGUAGUCAUUUGUAUUAUUUUUAGUGUUACAUGUGAUAUGUUUUGUGGAGUGAAGUCCUUGUUCCAUUUUACUUAAUCCUUUGCAUGCAUGAAAACAACGUGUGACUGAUUGCUUUAACACUUUUAAUGUAGAAGAUCGAGCCUUAAAUUUCACUCUUUUUUUUUUGCUUACUUUUGUUCACUCAUCCCCACGUAUACUUGUUGUCACAUUGCUGGAUUAAUUGCUCAUCGCAGGCAUCCUUGAUAUCGAAAAGCCAUAAUUUAGAUAAAUAGGACAUUUACAAAAAGACAUAUACGUUUCCAUUUUCUGCAGAAGAAAACCCCAGUGUUGAAUUUUCUUUGCAGCAGAAACUUUAACAACAUCACUGAAUUCUUUGAUGAACUGUGUUUGUCGGACACUGACUUCUGUUUACAAAUGAAAUCCUCAGAGCUGAUAUAAGAUGUGAAAUAAAACACGUGGUUAUAACAUGGUUCAUGCUUGGACAGACUAUCUCAGAAGGAAAUAAACUUCUUGGAAAUGUAAAGUUGAGGUUUAAACACUGGACAGUCCUUUGUGCCGUUGGGCUUCAUGUUGCUUGUAAUGUGUGAGCACAGAAAUGUGAAUUUUGCAAGGACAAACACAAUGUCAACAGGUUAUGUUUGGAAAUAAAAUGACUACGUGUGCUAAUUGUGAGAUUAUAUUGUACUGCACUGAAUGUCAUUUUACAUCAGCUUAUACUUGUGUACACUGUUAUUUGGCGACGUGACAAUCCCUUAUCUUUAAAGUCUUUGUUUUUUUUCAUCUGAUGGCUUUACUUUUAAUGUGAAGAACGUCAGCGGCACAACCAUCAAAGAGUGAUUUUGCAGUGAAGUCCUGCUUUCACCAGAACCAGUUUGACACUUGUAGUGUUGCAGCCCUGUAUGUGGCCUACGUGUGAAUCAGAAUAAUUACCAGUAUGCAUGUUUGAGAAGCAGCAGAAGGUUUGUUUCACUUCCAGCUGUUUAAUUAAAUGGCGUAUGCGUUACUGCUCGUCUCUCCUCAACUUUGAUGUUAGUGCUCCUGUCCUGAGCGGCAGCCUGUCAGGAGGAAACAUUUUGAAUCUUUUAAAUCUUUUGUUUCAUUGUUCCUUAUUUUAAGUCGCUUUUUCUAUGGUAGUUCUAUCCGUCUGAAUCAGCUUCUUUUACAAUAUUCUGUGUUGUUGUAUUAUUGAAUA